UCGCUUGCCGACCGCCAAUAAACCAGAGAAGAAGAAGGUUAGGACUACGCGCAGUCCGUGUAUUUUGUCCAAGUGGUGACCCGUAGGACCAGGAAGUAGGGAGGUGAACACCUGACUAGACACGCUCCCGUCCACUUAUUGACAAGAAGGAAAGUCGCCUUUGCCAUCAAUAUAGCCACUUUUAUCCAUCAGUCUACUAUGAGUGCUAUGCGAACCGUCCUGGGUUCUACCGGCUUGGUGGCGGUGUUAGGACUCGGCUAUGGAAUGUGGUCCAUUAUUACUCCAGGAGAGGAGAGGCGGAAAGAACUCAUCAAGAACCUGCCGGAAUCGAACCCGGGGAGGAUGGAGGAGACGAGGAAGCGCAACGCUCUGGUGAUGCAGGCGCUGAAGGAGGCCGCAGAAACCGACGACAACAUCGCCAGUGGACUGAGAAGAUCCAGAUGACUUGUUGGAACGCUGCCGACGUCCCACUUAUCCUGUCUACGGCCCGCUUGUGUCGACAACACCAUUGUGUCAUCUUAUUAUUAUUUUUGUACGCUGUCAAUGACUGUGUGCUUACAUGGAUUAUAUCACUUUUCAUAUUGACAUGGUUUAAGACACUAUUUGAAGUGGUUUGUUGCCAAGUUAAACAAUACUUUCCUCAUGUCACUUAAACAAGUAUAUUUUUUAUCAUUUACACUACCGUUCAAAAGUUUGGGGUCACAUUGAAAUGUCCUUAUUUUUGAAGGAAAAGCACUGUACUUUUCAAUGAAGAUAACUUUAAACUAGUCUUAACUUGAAAGAAAUACACUCUAUACAUUGCUAAUGUGGUAAAUGACUAUUCUAGCUGCAAAUGUCUGGUUUUUGGUGCAAUAUCUACAUAGGUGUAUAGAGGCCCAUUUCCAGCAACUAUCACUCCAGUGUUCUAAUGGUACAAUGUGUUUGCUCAUUGGCUCAGAAGGCUAAUUGAUGAUUAGAAAACCCUUGUGCAAUCAUGUUCACACAUCUGAAAACAGUUUAGCUCGUUACAAAAGCUACAAAACUGACCUUCCUUUGAGCAGAUUGAGUUUCUGGAGCAUCACAUUUGUGGGGUCAAUUAAACGCUCAAAAUGGCCAGAAAAAAAGAACUUUCAUCUGAAACUCGACAGUCUAUUCUUGUUCUUAGAAAUUAAGGCUAUUCCACAAAAUUGUUUGGGCGACCCCAAACUUUUGAACGGUAGUGUACAUAUCUGAAAUAAUCAACAUACUGAAUAUUUUUAGCAAUUUAAUCAAGAGAAUCUCAUCACAAAACAUUUAUAAUAAACCAUUUUAAUAGUGGUUUAUUCCAUGACCAAUAUAUUUAUUUUCUUGCCAGAUUACAAAAAAAAUUGAAUAAGAAAUGUGCAAUUAAAAUAAUGACAACAAUCAUCAAAUCAAAAUAAUAAUCAUUUACAAAAUGGUUAUCACACGGCUCCAAUAUUGUUAUUUCAAACUAUAUUCUCUACUUGGGCUGCUGCCCCCGCACCCCACUUCGGAUAAGCGGAAGAAGAUAGAUGGAUUAUUCGAGGAUUUUUUAAAUUUAUUAUUAUUUAAAUUCUAUAUUUAAAAUGAUCCAGUAAUUUAAUGUCAGUUAAAAUCUGUAUUUAAAGCAAGCACUUUUAUAAAUAAAUAUUUAUUCACGAUGUUUAUCAAUCUUAUAUGAAGAAGAACAUUUUUAAUAUAAUAAUUUAUAAUGGACGCAGUGGACACACCUGUCUUAAAGUCCAGCAUCAAUAAACUGGAUACAUAAGACUAUAAGAAAGGUCAUUUCCACACAUAUGGUUUUCUACACCAAAAUGAAUCUAUUAAUGAUUAUUAUUCAACAACUUCUUCUUCUCCAGAUUUUGGCGCGCUCGACCUUCCACAUUCCCAGAUUUCCCAGAAUUCCAGGUUUUCCAGGACAUUUUUCCCAUUCAAAUUGAAUUGGCCAUUUUUCUAACUUUCACCAUUUCCACAUUUUUCAACCAAUUCAAACCAUUCCACCUUCAACACAUUUCACCAUCCUGGGCAUUCAAACUAUCAUUUUCUCAAGUUCCAAAAAGUUCCAGGAAAUCCCAGAAUUCCCGUUUUUUCAAACCCUUUGUUCACCCUUUUUUCUGUCGACUACUCCUUCCACAUUUUUCAACCCACUUCAACCGUUCCACCGUCAAAUCAUUCCUCUUAAUUAGGACAAAAAACUAAGUUGUAUUUUGAACUGGAAAAAUUCCCGAAAUUCCAGGAAUUACGUAAUACCAUUUCUCAAUUUAAAAUGUUACUAUACUUCAACAUUUCUCAACCGAUUUGAAAAAUUCCAACACCAACCAUUCAUUCAUUCAACUCAUUCAGAUCAUUCUUUUUUCUGUUUUUUUUUCUUUUUAGCAUUUUUCAAAAAAUUCCCUCUUUUCCCGAAAUUCCCAAAUUUCCAUGAAAUUCCCAUUGAAAAGAAUGGCACACUUUUCAAAGUUACACAACUCCCAAAUGUUUUAUCCGAUUCAAACUAUUCCAACUUCAAAAUAUUCAGCCUGUUCAAAAUUGUGUGCUCUCCUUCAACAAUUUUUAAAAAUUCCCGGAUUUCCGAGAAUUCCCAGUUUUCAGGGACAUUUUCCCCAUUCAAAAUGAACUGUCCAUUUUUCACACUUCCACAUUUUUCAACAUCAACACAUUCCACUCUUCCAACUAACACUUUCCCAAGUUCCAAACCAAAUUCCGGUUUUCCUGGAAAUUCAAACUCUUCAACAUUCAAGCCAUUCCAACAUUCAAACUAUUCUUACAUUCAUGCUACAUUCUGUCAGCAUUUCACUUCAACUUCAGCAUUGGAGCAUUCACACGGAAUUCCUGAAGGAAUUGCGUGUUACUCAACAACUUCUUCUUCUCCAGAUUUUAACGCGCUCUACCUUCCACAUUUUUCAUCCGAUUCAAACUGUUCCAACUUCAAACUGUUCAGCCUAUUCGGGAAUCACAGGCUUUCUCUUGACAAAUUCCAAAAAUUCCCUGAUUUCCCAGAAUUCCCGGUUUUCCGGGACAUUUUUCCCAUUCAAAAUUAAUUGGCCAUUUUUCAAACUUCCACCAUUUUCACAUUUUUCAACCUAUUCGAACCAUUCCACCUUCAACACAUUUCACCAUUCUGGAAAUUCAAACUACUCUUUUUCCAAGUUCCAAAAAAAUUCCAGGAUUUUCCAUAAUUCCUGCUUUUCCAAAGCCCUAUUUCCACCCUUUUUUCUGGCCACUACUCCUUCCAGAAUUUUCAACGCAUUUCAACCGUUCCACCUUCAAAACAUUCUUCUUAAUUAGGACAAAAAACGAAGUUGUUUUUUUAACUGGAAAAAUUCCCAGUUUUCCCGAAAUUCCAGGAAUUCCGUAAUACCAUUUCUCAAUUCAACAUGUUACUACUUCAGCAUUUCUCCACCUAUUUGAAAAAUUUCAACAGCAACCAUUUCAACUCAUUCAGACCAUUCAAGUUGUUUACCUUAUUUUUUUUAUUCCCGCUUUUCCCGAAAUCCCCAUUGAAAUCAAUGGGACAUUCUUCAAAGUUCCACAAUUCCCACAUUUUUCAUCUGAUUCAAACUGUUCCAACUUCCAAAUAUCCAGCCUGUUCAGGAAUUGUGUGCUCUACUUCAACACUUAUAAAAAAAAUAAAAUAAAAUUCCAGGAUUUCAUUUCAACUUCAGCAUUGGAGCAUUCACACGCAAUUCCUUGUGGGAUUGCCUCAUCUAGUUAAAAAGUAAAAAGUGUGUAUUUACUUGCAACAAAAGAGGAGAAAUAUAACAUUUGUAUGCACGUACAACCCUUAAAACCUUCAGUAUAUCAGUAUGUGGAAUGAAAUUAUGGAAUGUCUUAAGCAAAGAAAUCAAACAAUGUACUAACAUGGUCCACUUCAAGAAACUCUUCAAACUUAAAGUGUUUACAAAGUAUACAGAAGAAGAACCAUGAUAAAAAUGUUGAUUUUAUUUCAUCCAUCCAUUCAUUUUCUAGAUAAUCUUACUCAUCUCACCAUAUGAAAUAUAACUUCACUAAUUAUUUAUUUAUUUUUUAAUGUUCUUACUAAUGGAGUAUAUUGUGAAUACAUUGAGAAAAGGAAGUGAGCAAACGUGUUAGCAACUUCUAUGUAAAGGAAAAGGGUUAGGAUUAAAUAAGCUCUGCUUCUUCCUACUCCUUUUCGAACAUGUUGAAUAGAGAAACUGGAAAUUGUGAUGCAUCAUGUUGUAUGCAUGCAUGUUCGAUAUAAACACAAACCAAAAGUAGUCAAAAAUAAAUUAAUAAUAUCCAUCCAUCCAUCCUUUUUCUACCGCUUGUCCCCUUUGGGGUCGCGGGGGGUGCUGGAGCCUAUCUCAGCUGCAUUCGGGCGGAAGGCGGGGUACACCCUGGACAAGUCGCCACCUCAUCGCAGGGCCAACACAGAUAGACAGACAACAUUCACACACUCAAAAAAAUGACUCGUUGGAUGAACUCAAUUAAAAUGAGGGCA